AUGUCAGUAGGCUUGAACCGUUACUCCAAACUCUGCACCAUCCUGUUUUUACCAUACAGGCAGUGCACUAAUACAAACCAAGAGAUCUCAAGUGUGGAAGAUUCUCUCCACCAAUUGAGAGAAGCCCUCCGAAGCAAGGAUGGUCCAAUGAAGGUGGCCACCACCAGGUUCGCCGUGCGAGCCAAGCGUCCCAAUGUUGAGCAGACUCGUGAUUACGUUCACGGAGGUCUCCUCUCUGAGAUUAACGAUAUCAAUGGCUCCCAGGAGGCCCUUAAGCAACAAAUAGCAUCUGCUGAGGAGACUCUUCACCGUCUGCUGAAGAACAAGGAGCGACUCCAACAGGACAUUGCCAUCAAGAAGAAGAGUAUCCAGAUUGAUGAACAACAGUGCUUGAGACUGAGGAAGACUCUAUCGUGGAGAGGAUUCAGACCCGCUGGUAUGUAAGAUAUUUACUGCGUCAGAAGACUCACAUCGCCAUGGAGACCACGUGUGGUUACAGUGACGUCACAUGAUGUUCUGUCACGUGAUUCCAGCGAGCGUUUAGACGAGGUUAUUGAUAGUGAUGCUUGAACCGUUACUCCAAACUCUGCACCAUCCUGUUUUUACCAUACAGGCAGUGCACUAAUGUUAGUCUCAUAGUAUGUUUUAUCUUGCAUGCCUGUGGGCAUGUAGCUAGCGUUCAAUUUUAUUUAUGAUCGUUAUUUUUCGUGGAAAAUGGAAGUUGGACCAUGUGAAAGAUUUGAUAGAUUCAAUUUUCAUCUGAAUUUUCCAUGCAGCAUUUGGUUAAUGAUGAUAACAAAGAGAAAAAUGAAAAUAAUAUGUAAAACUGAAUAUUGUGCAAAAUGUUAUAUAUAAGUAUUUUG